AUGAGAGACUUACUUUAUGACCGCCUCUGGCGCCGGGAAUGCGGGGAGCUGUCUGCGCGUGCCGGGCUCCGGGACAUCUAUGGCUCUAAAGAGUGGGUCAACGAUCUUGACAUAGUGAAUGAGCUUGGUGGACAUACAGGUUGCGUAAAUGCCCUCAGUUGGUCUCGUUCAGGACGUCUUCUGGCCUCAGGCUCAGAUGAUCAACAUUUGAAUAUCUACUCUUAUCAACCUGAAUCCUCCGAUGCUCCAUUCGCGCUGCACACCACCGUCCAUACGGGUCACAAAGCCAACAUUUUCUCCGUCAAGUUUAUGCCCCACUCGAACGACGGGACCCUGGUUACAUGCGCAGGCGAUUCGCAAGUGCGUGUCUUCGAUAUCGAAUAUGCUGGCAGAAAUGCGAAUUCCGCAUCUACUUCGGCAUUUGCGGCUUCAGCGCGGAGUCGCCGGUUUAAUAGUUUCUUUGACGGAGCCCGGUACCUGAGUGAGGGUAAUACAAAUGCUCGCGUCUAUCGAAGUCAUGCCGACCGCGUGAAACGCAUCGUCACCGAAUCAUCUCCUUACCUAUUCCUGACAUGUUCUGAGGAUGGUGAAGUUCGACAAUGGGACUUACGCCAACCAUCUUCCGCAUACCCUGCGCCCAAUGGGGGACAGGGCUUCAUGGCGUACAGGCCUGGCCUGGUACAUGAUGACUCGAAUGUUCCGCCACCGCUGAUAUCCUACAAGAGAUACAGCCUAGACUUAAACUCCAUUUCUUGCUCUCCUUCUCAACCACACUAUAUCGCACUUGGUGGUGCGCACGUGCAUUGCUUUUUACACGAUCGGCGUAUGCUUGGUCGUGACAUGACAUCUGAGAGAGGAACGCCCAGUGGGUCAACACCCCGCGCGGGAAGUGUCGAUGAUGAACUCAUGGGAAAGGCAACUCGUUGUGUUCGACGUUUUGCACCUUGUGGAAAGAGUCGCAUGCGAGAUCUCGAUGACGGGCAUAUCACUGCGUGUAAAAUCAGCGAUGCAAACCCAGAUGAGAUGGUAGUAAGCUGGUCCGGAGACCACAUUUACAGUUUCGAUCUUGUUCACAGCGCGGAUGCACGGAACAUUUCAUCCGAGGAGAGGAGCUCUAUCUCAAAGACUGGCAAGAAAAUCUCCAAAAAUGGAACGCGCGACCGAAAGCGAAAGCGGCCAAAACCUAUGUCCAUGUCCUCUCAAGAAAGUGGCGAUCGUCAUCGAUCUCGACGUCGAUCUAAUGACCCAGAUAGAUUCAGAGUCCAGUUUGAGAAUGGAGAGACAUCGGAUAUUCCUAUCCCGGGAUUGGACGAGGAAGGUGAACUGCCUGAAGAUUUCCUCGAGCGAGCCAGAUACUCGGUGUUGAAUGAAGCACAGCGGCUUAGCAGAGAUAUUGCAAAAGCACUGGUUCAAAUGCGACAGGCUUUAUUUACACUGGAGGAAUCCGUUCGAGACGCAGCGGAAGAAGCAGAGCAAAAUGAUCUUACCCCUUACGCGGAGUCAUUCGCGACCGCAUUGACCCUCGCUUCCACAAUGCUGCCGAAGAUGGACUCUGUCAUUCGAGACUGGAGGUAUCCGAUGAACCCAUCUAAUGAAACUGUUCAAUUUCAGCAAACGCUUCGCCGUAAUCGGCAGGCGUCCUGGAGAUUCAUACAAGCUGCAGGCACUCUGUCACGCAUCUUGAUGAACUUAUCAAAUAACGUAGAGGGAGACGACCCAGCCACAUAUUCGGAUUUCCAGAGUAUCACAUCUGCACCAAGCGAGGAUGGAUCAAUCGAGCGAGAGGCCCAGUUUGGCUAUGAUUUUCUCAAGGCUAUCCUACUAUGGCUGCAGGGCGGCCGACAGGCCCUUCUGGCCGGAUUCAAGAGCGGAUCAGAGCCCCGAAGACAAAAUGGUCGCUUUCCUAUCUCAGAAGAUGCAGAUGAGGAUGCAAUUGAUGGAAUUCUGAUUCCUUACCUUCAUGGCCUAGCAGAGGAAACUCCUAUCGUCAAUGUGGACGCUUCACCCUACGAGCAUGACAGUACUCGCAUUCUAUUCCAGACUCAAUACGCAGCCGUGACCGCUUUCAGCAAUGCCGUCAAGUUGCCAUUGGAAGAUCUUGGAACUACAGCGGCUCUGAUUGAUAAGCGUCGCGUUUCUAACCCUUCGUCCCAGGUUCGAUCUUUGGAUCGAGCCUCUGCCUUCAGAUUUUGGAUUUUGCGAGUCGGCAGAGGCAUUUUGAUGACUGCUGGAACAGGCGUUAACUAUGCAUUUGUCAAUCGUGCCUUUGGUGGACUCCAGCCUGAAAUCGAUGAAGAUGGCGACCUAGAGCUGGAGAGAUAUCUCGAAGAGUCUCAACGGGACAUUGAUCCCGAUGAGCCAGAUGAGCAGAUCCGGGCGAUCAACCUAGUGAGAAGUCGCCUCCCAAGACACAAGCGCGAGAAUAAAAUAAACGGCGACAAUGAGACGUCCUCCGCAACCCGCGAGGAUACUAAUAUCAGUGAGUCCGGUGUGCCCUCGGAAACUGGCGAUGAAAGCGACGAGGUCACCGGUGAACAGGAGGAAUCCAGUGGCAGCGAUGACGAGGAUGAAGAUGAUUCUAGUGAUUCAGAUGGCUGGGAUUUUGACAUGGAUGAUGAUGAUGGUGGUGAUAGCGAAGAGUCAGAUGUCGGAAUCCCUGUUACACUGCAACGUGGAGGGAGCAAGCAUCGCCGAGGAGACGUUGAGAUUGACGCACCUUUCUCGCCUCAUACAAGAACUUAUCGUGGACAUUGCAACAUCAAAACCGUGAAGGAUGUGAAUUUCUUCGGUCUCAAUGAUGAGUAUGUGGUAAGUGGCAGUGAUUCGGGACAUUUAUUCAUCUGGGAACGAAAAACUGCAAAUCUGGUGAAUAUUUUAGAGGGCGACAGCGAGGUGGUCAACGUGAUCCAAGGUCAUCCAUACGAGCCUACGAUGGCUGUUUCUGGUAUCGACAAUACCAUCAAAAUCUUCAGUCCAGACCAGAACGCCCAAGAGCUAGCCAGACAAGGGGUUAACAUUUUAGACCCUGAUAAUGCAGCAAACAGCCUGGGUUCUGCAGGGCGCGCCGUAGGUGGACUUCAGAGUCGGAAACGAAUCCAGGACAGUUACCGCAUCAUGUCCCAGAAUGAUGUCGACCGCCGUGGCGGCAUGAGUGAGGCGUACAUCACAGUAAGUGGGAUCCUGGGAAUCGGCCUUGCAGGAGGUGCAGCAGUUGAGGGCCUCGGAGCCACGGGGGAUGAUGAGCGCGCUACUAUUGUCCUCGAUGACAAUUGCUCG